UAUUUGCAGCAGAUGACAAACCAUCUACAUAAUAACCCACCAAUCAUUGAAGGAAAGUAGACACAUUCCGUGUGGUUGAAGAAAGCUCGGAUACUACACACCCCGGUCACGGGAGUCUUGGAGGACAAAGAGUCCGACGCGAUCGACGAACAACUCAUGGAGGGGUCAAGGAUGACCAGUCCCACCACCCACUCACUAGCGUCAAUAUAUCACCUACCUAUAUGACUAGGAUACAGACCUACAACACAAUCAACUACCAUUAAAUCCCUUAUAGCCUCUUCUACGAGCCCAAAGGGAAAUUACAUCAUUGAACAAAGAAAAAAUGGCAGACGCCGAGCCCCUCUACGUCUACAAGCUGAUUCCCUCGACGUCUCCGGUACGGGAACCUCUCCCCGAUCGGCUGCCGGUUAGCGAGCUGGAUGAGAAAUCGGGGUUCGUACACCUCUCUACAGCAUUCCAAGUACCGAAUACUCUCAAAAUGUUUUUCAAAGAUGAACCGCUGGUCUAUGUGCUGCGGAUUCCCUUCAAGGGCAUAGCCGGCCAAGUCCGGUGGGAAAAUCCUGACGGGACGGUCUGCGGACCGCGACCGAAAGAGGGCUUGUUUCCGCAUCUGUACAACGAUCUCAAGCUGGGUAAGGAUGAGGUAGAGACUAUUGCUAUCUGGAAGAAUGAUGAGGGCUGGGAUAAAGCCCUCCUGCAGGCGAAACCGUGGCUGUUGUAUUGAUCGCAUUACAAAUUACUCAACUCCCCUGAACUAUCAUACAUGUACAUAUUUUCACAUCAAAUGGCUUAGAGGUACGGGGACGCCCUGGAGCUAACUUUAGAAAUGAAACGAAUGCCAAGUUGCAUUGGUUUAUGGAGCUUGACACUGUACUUUUGC